AUGCACCGGGAUACUGAUUGCAAGAUCGCAAAGCUGCGACAAGAGGUGCAGAGUACUCUCCAAUCUUCACAAUCUUCACCAAGCCAGCUCAUAACUCUUCAGAAAGAGAACCAUGAGUUGUCGUCCAGACUUGGAAAAGCCCAUGAAAAUGAGGACAAGCUGAAGGCUGAGAAAAAGGCUUGUAUUGAUGAGGAGCGUCGACUGCAACGGGAGAUGGCUGAGCUACGCGCCACAAGCGAUGCGGAUCUGUCCAAGUCCCGAUCAGAUGCGGCCACUGCGAAUAAGCAACUCAUGGAACACCACAACAGAGCGAUCGAAGAUUUGAACCGCCGUUUGUCGCAAGCAGAAGCUGCUUUGAAGAAGUCGGAGUCAGAUGCACGGCUCUCAAAGGACCAGCACAUGGCUAAGAUCGCAUCUGACCAAAAGAUAGCCGCAUCAAAACUUUUUGACCUGGAGAGUAGGUACCAGGAAAAGAUCAAAGUCCUGGAAGAGACACUGCAUGAACGACCUCGUCUCGGUCGGGACCAAGAGACACAGACUGCUCUCAUUGAGAGAGCUCUCUCUGAACCCAAUCAGGGGAGUAAGAAUCGUAAGAGAGUCAGUCGGCUCAAUGAAUCAGUGCCCGGGGCGCCAAACCAACUGGACUCUCGAGCGGACAACCUCUUCUCAGUAGUCCAAGUUAAGGAUUCUCGACCGCCAGAUGAUGACUCAGGCGUAUUCAAGAGCUUGUUCGAGGAUCCACUUGGAAGCAAGGAAUUCUUCGAUGACGAACCUGAUCUCUCCAUGGUUGGCCAGGCCGACUUUGUGUCGGAAACUCAGGGAACUAUGCCAUUUUUGGGACUUCCAGGGCUAGUUCCGGAAACCCAAGACGUCGGUGCCUUAUCAAUGUCGCAGCAUGUCUUCAAGGAGAGGCUAGCUCGCGCCUCACAAGAAGAACAGAGGCCCCGAGAUUCCAGCUCAGUUGAUUUCAGCAGCAUAGCUUCUGAAGAUCUGAUACAACUGCAGAGAGAGGCCCAACCGACGUCUCGACCAAUGCUUCGUGGCCGUGAGUGCAGCUACCCCAAGCAUGGGUCCUCCCAGAAACAUGUCGCUAAAGUUUCAUCAAAAUCUGAGAGCGACUCUGUGGCUGAAUUGCGAUCAUCUCAGUCGUAUGAUCGUCCUAGAUCACAAGCCAAUACAGCUUCUCGCAUGAUGCCUCCGGAGCAUAAUUCGCACCGCUCCCAGUCACGCAACGGUAACUCUGUCCCAGAGAAGGUAUCAUCUCAACACUCCGUAUAUGGACAGGCGUCCCGAAAGUUCAGCAGCAGCAAUGUUGAUACGACCGACCUCAUGCACUCGAAGUCGUCAGUAGCGAGGCAGACGCACAGUCAACAUGAUCCCUGGAAUUCCGCUGAAUCAGGAUCGCAACGGAAGGUAGGCACAGCAGUACAGGAUCGUAUCGUGAAGAGAAAGGUUUCGCCCUGCGAUUCAGAUAGGGAUUCUAGUAUCAAGAAGCCGCGCAAUUCUUCUCAGGCGGACAGGAGUCUCGGCACCGCUGACCAACGUCCCCAUGCAUCUAAGUUGUCCGUUCCUGGCUCUCGCUCGAAGGCGCAAAAUGGGCCCCCCUAUGCCCGUGGACCGUCCUCAUCGUCACGCCCGAAAGCCUCAAUCACCUCUAGUGUCCAGCCUCGCACUGGCCAAAUGACCUCUUCAAAAGACAUCUAUUCCUCCCGCCAACGGCCUUCGUCACAAGCAUACGCUACGUCUCGCUCGCAGGACUCUCCGGCUCGACAGACGAGGAGUAAGAGCAGGAAGAAUGUCAGCUCUGGAGACAUUUACACUGAUCGCUUUGACGAAGAGCUUGGCAGGAAGCGGUAA